AGGUUACUCGAGACCGGCAGUACGCCGCUCAUCCGGAACACGGCAGCUCAGCAGCUCGCCGAUGUCCAGAAGCAACAUCCGGAUGAGCUCUUCAACUUGCUCGGGCGCAUACUACCCUAUCUCAGGUCGAAAUCGUGGGACACCAGAACCGCAGCCGCCAAGGCUAUCGGUUUGAUCGUCACCAACGCUGAAACCUUCGACCCCAAUGAGGAAGAUGGCGAUUCGAUCAAGAAGGCCGAGGAGGACGACGAUCUCGCCGCAGAGAUCAAGUCGGAGGAUGAGCAGCCUUCUUCCCCCGAUGACUCACUGCUUCAGCUCGAGCGCCUGGACCUGGCUUCCAUCCUCAAGUACGGAAAGAGGCUGCUGGGCAGUGCCGGCAAGGAGUAUGAGUACUCUUUAGCCUCCAUGGACCCCGCCUCCCGGUUGCAGCAUCAGAAGAAAACCUUAAACUCGCGCCUAGGCCUUGCCGGGGAGUAUAUUGAGGAGGACUUGAUCGAUGACAGUGACCUCGUUUUGAAGACACCUGCUGCCAAGGAUGAAGGUCACCACAAGGAAACCAACCACCAUGCCGCGGCACCACCGCUGGCCUCCCCGAUGGAGCCUACUAAUGGAGAAGAGUCUGGCCUGAGCAAACGUCAAUUGAAUCAGCUCAAGCGGAAGAACAAGCAGAGUGCAAGGAUGGGGGCGAAUAAGGUACGUGUCGUGGACUUGUCCGCUCGGAGACCAUCGGAGAAUGUCACCACCCCUUCGAUUGCGACUCCGCAUCCGAUCAAAACGGAAAAUGGAGACGAACGGAAUGGCGAUUCGAAGCAAGACUAUUUCUCCCUCGAAAGAUCCGCGGGCGACGACGACCAAAAGAUCGUCUCUGAAUUCAAAGGCUCGACCGUCCCCGAAAAGCCCUUUAUACAACCAGAAGUCACCGAUGAAGGGCCUAGCAUUGCAUGGCCAUAUGAACCCAUGUGCGAGUUUCUCAUGGUGGAUAUCUUCGAUUUCAACUGGGAGGUCCGCCAUGGAGCUGCAAUGGCCCUCCGAGAGGUCAUCCGUGUCCAGGGUGCUGGCGCUGGACGCUUGCGGGGCAAGAGUAGACCGGAAAACGAUGCGCUUAAUCGCAAAUGGCUAGACGAUUUGGCUUGCCGGCUCCUCUGUGUCCUGAUGCUGGACCGUUUCGGCGACUACAUUUCCGACAACGUCGUUGCUCCCAUUCGAGAAACAGUGGGUCAGACCUUGGGUGCACUCUUGUCACAGCUCCCUUCUCGGUCCGUGGUUGCCGUCUAUAGAUGCCUCUACCGGAUUGUCAUGCAAAAUGACUUGGGCUUGGAACGCCCGAUAUGGGAGGUUUGUCACGGCGGUAUGAUCGGUCUGAGGUAUCUGGUGGCCGUUCGUAAAGACAUACUGAUCAAAGAUCGCGACCUUAUGGAUGGUGUUUUGGAGGCCGUGAUGAAAGGGCUAGGUGAUUACGACGACGACGUUCGUGCUGUGAGUGCGGCGACACUGGUUCCCAUGGCAGAAGAGUUUGUUGCAUCCCGACAGACCACAUUGGGAAGCCUGAUGAACAUCGUUUGGGACUGUCUCUCGAACUUGCAGGAUGACCUGAGCGCCAGUACCGGGUCAGUCAUGGAUCUUUUGGCCAAGCUAUGCACAUUCCGGGAGGUUCUCGAUGCCAUGAAAGUCAAUGCAGCCGCUGACCCGGAGUCGUCGUUUGGGAAUCUUGUUCCUCGCCUCUAUCCAUUCUUGCGUCACACGAUCACCAGCGUUCGCUCCGCUGUCCUACGUGCCCUCAUGACCUUUUUACAACUGGAGGGCGAGGGUACCAACGAGUGGGUGAAUGGGAAGGCACUGCGCCUGAUCUUUCAAAACCUACUGGUGGAGCGAAAUGAAGGUGUCCUCAAGCUGUCUCUUCAAGUAUGGUCGGAAUUGCUUAACUCCCUAGAAAGCCGUGGGUCGUUCACGCCUGAGACCGACCUCUUAAGUACUGUCCAGCCGCUCAUCACUCUGACGAUGUCUCCGUUUGGCGUUCCAAGAUAUCCCAUCCCUAUGAAUGCGUCACUGUUCAUCAAGCCGUCUGGUGUCGCUUUCCCAAUGAGCGCUGCGGCGCCCGCAAAAUCCUCGCCCACUGCUAACAACGCCGCCGCGGAUGGAACGAAGAAGCGCGGCCGGAAAGCAGAAAAGAAGGAAGUGCCCCCGCCGUCGGCCCACAACGUUGACGGACAUAUGCUCCAGGGAGAUAUUGAUUUGGUCGGGGCAGAUACAAUGCUGAGGUCUAAGAUCUACGCGGCCAAAGCCCUGGGGAAGUUUCUCUUCCACUGGGAUAAGAAUGAGCUCUCCAGUCUCUGGCAGUCUAUCUUGGAAGGUCUGAAAUACUCGGCAUCCACGUCGCAACUGUCGACUGCCAUGGUUGUUGAGGAAUACGCUAGGCUCGCAGGACCCGGCAGCAAGUAUACUGCCACUCUCUGUGAGCAGUUGCGCCCGAUCAUCGAAGGGGAGCGCCCCAUGUGGUACAGUGAUAUUGCAUGCUAUCUCCAUGUCGCCCGUGCGCAGUGUCACUCUCUCCUUAAUGCCUUCCGAGACCACGCCCACGUCCCUGGAUCUAGGCUACCCACCCUUGCGGUCAUUGUUCAAGGAGAUCCCGAGGCUGGACCAAGUGCCUUCUCUCUUACGGACGCCGAGAAGGUUGCUGGACCCGAUUUUGAGCGGUUGAAGAAGGGCCUGGCGCCAGCCCAGCGGAUCACCGCUCUUCAGGUUCUGAACGACACCCGCGCAACAGCCGAAAAUGCCAUUGAAGAAGCAAGAACUGUCCGGGAGCAAAGGGACCUGCGUGUGCGGGCCGCUGCCGCCGGUGCAUUGGUGGCGUUACACGACAUUCCCAAGAAACCCAGCCAUAUCAUCAAGGGCAUGAUGGAUAGCAUUAAGAAGGAAGAGAAUGCCGAACUUCAGCAGCGCUCUGCCACGGCGAUCGCGCUAUUGGUAGAGUACUACACCACCGCGACGAAACGAGGCCCCGUCGACAAGAUCAUUGGCAAUUUGGUCAAGUAUUGCUGUGUAGACACGUCUGAAACGCCCGAGUUCCACCAUAACGCGACUCUGGAGAAGUCCAUCCUAUCACUCCGCAAGGAGGAGGACCGGCGCGAUCAUCCGGACGCGGCAAAAUUCGAGAGAGAAACCAAGGAGGCCAAGAUCAUGCGUCGGGGUGCCAAGGAUGCCCUCGAGCAGUUGGCUGUCAAGUUUGGACCCGAGCUUUUGGACAAGGUUCCCAACCUGGCAUCUUUGGUCGAGCGGCCUCUCAAGGUCGCUCUGGCCGACGAUCUUCCUGCCGACAUCCUCGACCCUGACAACGAGCUGGGUCAGGAGGUUGUGGAUGGUCUAUCGACGUUGCGCGCGCUGCUACCAAAGUUCGACACUGGUCUCUAUCCCUGGGUUGUUGGGCUCAUGCCCCUUAUUGCUAAGGCGCUUCAAUGUAGGCUUUCCGUCAUCCGAUACGCCGCUGCCAAGUGUUUUGCGACUGUCUGCAGCGUCAUCACCGUUGAGGGUAUGACCAUGUUGGUUGAGAAAGUACUGCCAACGAUCAAUGGCGCCUUGGACGUUCAUCACCGCCAGGGAGCCGUGGAAUGCAUCUACCACCUGAUCCAUGUCAUGGAGGAUGGUAUCUUGCCUUAUGUCAUUUUCCUCGUUGUCCCUGUCUUGGGACGGAUGAGCGACUCGGACAACGACGUGCGCCUGCUGGCUACGACAUCUUUUGCGACGCUGGUCAAGCUCGUUCCUCUGGAAGCCGGCAUUCCCGACCCCCCGGGCCUUUCCGAAGAAUUGCUCAAGGGACGAGACCGGGAGAGAAAGUUCAUGUCCCAAAUGCUGGAUGUGCGCAAGGUGGAAGAGUUCCAGCUGCCCGUGGCGAUCAAAGCAGAGCUCCGACCCUAUCAGCAAGAGGGUGUUAAUUGGCUGGCCUUCCUCAACCGAUACAACUUGCACGGUAUUCUCUGUGAUGACAUGGGUCUUGGAAAGACGCUCCAAACAAUUUGCAUCGUCGCGAGUGACCAUCAUUUGCGUGCCGAUGAGUUUGCACGGACCCAAGCACCUGAAGUUCGAAAGCUUCCGUCCUUGAUCGUCUGCCCACCAUCCCUUUCGGGUCACUGGCAGCAGGAGAUAAAACAGUACGCGCCGUUCCUGAACUGUGUGGCGUAUGUUGGACCCCCGGUAGAGCGCGCAAGGCUGCAGGGCAAUCUCGCAGACGCCGAUAUUGUUGUGACGUCUUAUGAUAUCUGCCGUAACGACAAUGAUACUCUCCGACCGAUCAGCUGGAAUUACUGUGUGCUGGACGAGGGCCACCUCAUCAAGAACCCCAAGGCAAAGGUCACUCUCGCGGUCAAGCGGAUUGCCAGCAACCACCGAUUGAUCCUGUCUGGUACCCCUAUUCAGAACAACGUGCUGGAGUUGUGGUCUCUUUUCGACUUCCUGAUGCCCGGAUUUCUCGGUACGGAGAAGGUCUUUUUGGACCGGUUCGCCAAGCCAAUCGCUGCCAGUCGCUUCAGUAAAUCAUCCUCCAAGGAACAAGAAGCCGGAGCUCUUGCCAUUGAGGCCUUGCACAAGCAAGUGCUUCCGUUCUUACUCCGUCGUCUGAAGGAGGAGGUCCUGAACGAUCUGCCACCGAAGAUCAUCCAGAACUACUACUGCGACCCCAGUGACCUCCAAAAGAGGCUUUUCGAGGACUUUUCCAAGAAGGAGCAAAAGGAACUGGCGGACAAACUGGGAAGCUCCGAAAAAUCCGACAAAGAACACAUCUUCCAAGCAUUGCAAUACAUGCGCCGUCUCUGCAAUUCUCCAGCUCUGGUCGUUAAAGAGGGGCAUAAGCAGUACAACGAGGUCCAGCAGUACCUCAGCACGAAGCAGUCCCACAUCCGAGACGUGUCCCACGCGCCAAAGCUCAGCGCUCUACGCGACUUGCUGCUCGAUUGUGGCAUUGGCGUUGAGCCACCGACUGAAGGCGAUCUCAGCACUGGAGCAAGCUACGUGAGCCCGCACCGAGCGCUGGUGUUCUGCCAGAUGAAGGAGAUGCUCGACAUCGUGCAAAGCGAGGUGCUGCGCAAGCUUCUCCCAUCGGUUCAGUAUCUCCGUCUGGACGGUGGCGUGGAAGCAACUAAGCGCCAGGACAUUGUUAACCGUUUCAACUCGGACCCCAGCUACGACGUCCUGCUUCUGACAACGAGCGUCGGUGGAUUGGGUCUGAACCUCACGGGAGCCGACACGGUCAUCUUCGUGGAACACGAUUGGAACCCACAGAAGGAUAUCCAGGCAAUGGACCGUGCUCACCGUAUCGGCCAGAAGAAGGUCGUCAACGUCUACCGGUUGAUCACCCGCGGUACUUUGGAGGAGAAGAUUCUGAAUCUCCAACGAUUCAAGAUCGACGUGGCCUCCACGGUGGUCAACCAACAGAACGCCGGACUGAAUACGAUGGAUACCGACCAGCUCCUGGACCUGUUCAACCUUGGUGAAACAGCCGAGAGUGCUGAGAAGCCCAGCGAAUCAACCGGCAACGAAGUGGACCUGGUCGAUAUCGACGGCGAGGUCAAAGAAAAGGGCAAGAAGGGCUGGCUUGACGAUCUCGGCGAGCUCUGGGACGACCGACAGUACCAGGAAGAGUACAACCUGGACUCGUUCUUGGAGACCAUGAAGUCAUGAAUAUCACUACCUCUCCUCUGAUUCCGUUCUCGAAUUCAGAACGGUACUUAUACGGCACCAUUUCAUUCAUACCUACCACAUUGUGUAGUAAAAAAAUCCAGCAAGGCGUUUAGGACCUCUCAACUUUUUCACGGUGUUGACGGGGUGUGGGCGGGUGGUUGUUUCCUUUCUGCUUUUCUUCUUGUUAUGUUUUUGUUUCGCCAUCUACUUUACUUUACAAGACCUCAUUGAUUGAACGAAUGACUCGGAGCAACG